UGUGGGUGUCUCGUGUAUGUGUUGUCAGGUGGGAUAAAUUAGCCGAGUCAAUGGAGCAACUCUAUGUUGGGGAAUGUCGCACUAGGCAGCGAUGCGUUCUGUGUGCAGCAAUAUGUUCAACUCGUUCGUUGCUUUAACGUGCGGUGGUACACAUGGAAGUACCCACACAUAUUCCAACUAGCUAGCUUUUAUCUAGUUGAAAAGUGAAACGUGUAAGUACGGAAAAGACAUCCAGCAAAAAUAAUAUGCAUCUGAUGGACAGCAGGCGUCAGCUGGCUGGAUGGUACCAAAUAAUAGCCAAUCAGAGUUGAGCUUAAAAAGUGUCAAAGAAGCCAGUUUUUGGAUUUGGCUUCACACCAAUCACAUCAAAAGCAACAUGUCGUUGACAGAACUUAAAUUGUGGCAUCUAGUUGUGUCGUCCUCUGAUGGCUGGCUAGCUAGCUAAAAUGGGCCCUUUCUUAAAUGAUCCAUAGAUGGGAGAUAGGGAUUUGGACUUGUGGUUUUACUUAAGUCUCCAUACUGGCCAAUGAUUAUAAUGGUGAUUCUGAUCCAACCAUAAAUUUAAAUAUUGUGCUUCCUGAGAGGAUGGAAGUUCAAUAUGUAGCUAGAAGUGUGUCCUGUACCAAAGGCCUGAGUCAUAGACUGUUUGUCAACAUGAAAGAGAGGAGGAUGGCAUUGGCAUUUCUCUACAAGUAGGAAAAAACAGAAACUACUGGCGUAGGCAAAGCAAUCUAUCGACAUGUGACAUUGUGGUUAAGACGACAAAUCCUAAAAGCUGGUGACGAUGAGACGGGUAGCAGUAUUCAUCAAGGGCUAGAGGCGUCUACUCGAAGAAAGAGACCGCAUUGAAGUCUCAUCACUGACUGGGUAAAAUGGAGUGGCCGUUGUUCACUGCACUCCCAACUGAUGAAACUCUUUCUGGAGAUUACACAGACGACUAUGGGACCUUCACUGAGACCCCAGGGGGGCUAUGUGACAAGAGCUGGGUGAGGGAGUUUCGGGGUCUCUACGAACCCCCGCUGUUUUGGCUCAUCUUCAUCUUGGGCGCUGUGGGCAACCUGAUGGUGGUCUUCAUCUUUACCAUGGUGCGCCACCGCCUCAAGACCAUGACGGACGUCUACCUACUCAACCUGGCCGUGGACGACCUUCUCAUCCUGGUCACGCUGCCUUUCUGGGCCGCCGACGCCACCAAGGGCUGGAUGUUCGGCCUGAGCCUCUGUAAGCUCCUCUCGGCCAUCUACAAGAUCAACUUCUUCAGCAGCAUGCUGCUGCUCACAUGUAUCAGCGUGGACCGCUAUGUGGCUAUCGUCCAGGUUACCAAGGCCCACAACCAGAAGAAGAAGAGGCUGUCUGUCAGCAAGCUGACCUGCCUAGCUGUCUGGAUCAUCUCAGGCCUCCUGUCCCUGCCUGAGUUAAUCUUCGCCCAAGUCAAGCCUGACCGUAGGGGCAAUUCCUUCUGUGUCUUGGUCUACCCAAACAACCUCUUCAAUCGCACCAAGAUCCUGGUGCUCGUUCUGCAGAUCUGUGUGGGGUUUUGCCUGCCGCUGCUGGUCAUGGUGCUGUGCUACUCUGUCAUCAUCCGCACCCUGCUGCAGGCCAAGAGCUUCGAGAAGCACAAGGCACUCAGGGUCAUCUUCGCUGUGGUGGCUGUGUUUGUCCUCUCCCAGCUGCCGUACAAUGGGCUACUGGUGGUCGACGCCACGCAGGCCGCCGACACCACCAUCACGGACUGUGCUGUAUUGGAACUUUUUGAUGUCGCUGGUCAAAUUGCCAAGAGUCUGGCGUACACCCACGCCUGCAUUAACCCCUUCCUGUACGUGUUCAUUGGCGUUCGCUUCCAGAAGGAUCUGCUGAGGCUGCUGAAGCUGUGCACCUGCGGCCUGAGCCAAGGAGGUGUCAGUAAGCUCCAGGCCGUCCCCAACCGCCCUUCUGUCAUGUCUGACACUGAGACUACCUGUGCCCUCGCCUUGUAAUCGUGCCCACUGAAGCCACACACACAUUCAACAUCACCUCAGAUCACAUAAUUUCGUUGGUAAACACCUCAUUCCACACCUUUCUUCUUCCAUGAUAUCAUAUGCUGCUGGGUGGGACACUCUCACCUGUUGCAUCCUGAGUACAUUGGUAUUUUACCAGUAUAGAAAUGUAAUUAUUUUACCCUGUGCUGACAAUCAAGAAACAUGCAAUACAUGAAAAGCAUACCAUUCUCUAAGACAUUGUAUUGAAGUGUAAAUUAUUGUAUAUAUACUGAACAAAAAAUAAAUGCAACAUUCAACAACAUCAACGAUUUUGCUGAGUUAGUCAGGAAAUCAGUUGAAAUAAAUUCAUUGGGCCCUAAUCUAUGGAUUUCACAUCCUCCUAUGUAGCAGUGGCCCUGGUCUUACCAUGACUGUUUUAAUAUGAUCUCUAUUUGCAGACUUAGUGCUGGUCUAGAGUGUAAAAUCCUCAUUUUGUGUGUGUUUUUAUAAUUGUUUAACAAAUUUGAAUAACAUUUACAAAACCCAAUUUCUCUUAGAACAGAAUGCCUCAUCUUGGGCUUCAUCAUCACAACUUCUUUUUUUUUCACAGUACAAUGAGGUCACUUGAGUAAGUGUGAGGCACUCUCUAUCUAACAUUUUUAAGGUAGCAAGAUUAGAAUAAACAGCAAUUAACAAAGUCUUAAUGAAGCAAUGCAAUGCUUUGAGCCACAAGAGCAGCAUUCACUUAAGGUCAUCUACUUUGUGUAAGAAAGUAGCAUGCUGUGUGGUUUGUUGCAUUCACAAUACUUUCACUAUGACUGCAGCCUAAGACUAUUCUUAGGUGGCUCUUCAAACAUCAUUGACUAUAUGCUGAGUUUCCACCAACAAAAGCAGUUGUACUCUAUGUUGGUUUGGGAAUGACUUGAAAGUGUCCCCUUUAAGACUGGUAUGUGAGAAGUUUGCACUCAAUGCACUCAUUCACCUCUCAACACCGUUGACUCUACACCUUUGGUUCAGACAGGGUGAAAGUAGCAUGCCGUGAAAUUUGGCAAUUGAGAAUUUGAUCGUGAUCCCACUGAAAUACAAAAAUAAGUUUUGUCUGCUGUUUUGUUGCAGUCUGAUUACCUAAAUUCAGGUUGUAGGCAGGUGAAGUGUAGUGUGAAAUCGAAUUGCAAUUUUAGUAUAAUUUACACAUUACACUAGCUUCGGAUUUGAAUCACCGUUGGUAGCAUCAAAACACUUGUCUUUGAAGAUGUCACCAGCCUACAUUACAUUGGUACAUAUAGUUGAAGUCGGAAGUUUACAUGCACUUAGGUUGGAGUCAUUAAAACUAAUUUUUUAACCACUCCACAAAUUUCUUUUAACAAACUAUUG